AUAGAGGCAAAACAAGAGAUAGGAAUAAUGGAAGCCAGUGAGGGUGCCGAAGCGAGUAGAAUCCUCAUAUUUGGGGGAACUGGGUACAUAGGAAAAUAUAUGGUGAAGGCCAGCGUCAAGUUAGGACAUAAAACUUUCGUUUAUACCCGCCCUGUCACUCCACAAUCUGAUCCAGACAAGAUAAAAUUACACAAGGAGUUAGAAUCAAUUGGCGCUACCAUCAUCCAGGGAGAGUUGGUCGAACAUGAUAAGAUUGUGGCCGUACUUCGUCAAGUAGAUGUAGUGAUCUCAUUACUACCAUUCCCCCAGGUUCCUGAUCAGAUACAUAUAAUUGAAGCCAUUAAAGUUGCUGGUAACAUCAAGAGGUUCCUGCCAUCGGAAUUCGGGGUUGAAGAGGACAGAUUGAAUUUUCUGCCUCCUUUCGAAGCUUGUUUAGACAAAAAGCGAAAGAUUAGAAGGGCAGUGGAAGCAGUUGGGAUCCCUUACACCUUCGUAUCUGCAAAUUGCUUCGGUGCCUACUUUCUGAACUACUUGCUUCGUCCACAUGAAGAACAUGAAGAUAUUAUUGUCUAUGGAUCAGGUGAAGCCAAGGCACUGUUCAAUUACGAAGAAGAUAUCGCAGAAUACACAAUCAAAGUAGCAAAUGACCCAAGAACAUGUAACCAAGUAGUAAUUUAUCAGAUGCCAAAGAAUAUUUUGUCCCAGAUUGAAUUGAUUUCUUUGUGGGAGAAGAAAACAGGUAGGAGUUUCAAGAGGACUCAUGUAACAGAGGGAGAACUAGUGAAACUGUCAGAGACUUUGCCAUUUCCGGUUAAUGUACGAGCUUCCAUCCUUCAUAGCUUGUUCGUAAAGGGUGAUCUUCUGAACUAUGAGCUUGGGGAGAAUGACCUUGAGGCUUCCAGUUUAUAUCCGAAUCAUAACUACACCACCAUUGAUCAACUUCUUGAUAUUUUCAUCGUCGAUCCGCUGAAGCCUGCUCUUGCUGCAUUUUGAAUGAGAUCACUUUCUAUCGUUUCAGCUCCCUAGUUCUCAAAUAUUUUCUAGUAGUGAUCCCCAGUUUAAUUGCUUACACUGUUAUCAUGGACUCUGUUAGUAGAGUGUUGAAUUCAAAUAUGAUGACUAUCCCCAGUUAUACCGGCCGUAUAGAGGAGCAGGAGAAUAGUAUAGAUCCUGCUGAAAAUAAAUAACUGAAUUUUAUUGUGAUAAAUAUAUAGUAUCAAUCUCAUACAAAUACUCCUUUAUAACAUUGUUCGAUGGCUGGUUAUGA